UUGGGCUCUGACUCCGGCUCCGGCUCGGGCUCGCCAUGGCUGUGGCGGCGGCGUGAGGAGGAGUCCGCGUCCUCGGUGGCGGCGGCGGCGGCCGGCUCCAGGCCGGGUUUUGGCGCCGCCCGCCUGCUGCCUCCUGGCGGCUCCUGAACUCCAGCCCCCUCUCUAUCAGCCUCUCACUCCGUCUCAAUAUGUCUCAAGAUGGCGGCCAAUGUGGGAUCGAUGUUUCAAUAUUGGAAGCGCUUUGAUUUACAGCAGCUGCAGAGGGAACUUGAUGCCACCGCAACAGUAUUGGCAAACCGGCAAGAUGAAAGUGAGCAGUCCAGAAAGCGGCUCAUCGAGCAGAGCCGAGAGUUCAAGAAGAACACUCCAGAGGAUUUGCGCAAGCAGGUAGCGCCGCUGCUGAAGAGCUUCCAAGGGGAGAUUGAUGCACUGAGUAAAAGAAGCAAAGAAGCUGAGGCAGCCUUCUUGAACGUCUACAAAAGAUUGAUUGAUGUUCCAGACCCCGUGCCGGCUCUGGAUCUCGGGCAACAGCUCCAGCUCAAAGUGCAGCGCCUGCACGACAUUGAAACGGAGAACCAGAAGCUUAGGGAAACUCUCGAAGAGUACAACAAGGAGUUCGCCGAAGUGAAAAAUCAAGAGGUUACGAUAAAAGCACUUAAAGAGAAAAUCCGAGAAUAUGAACAGACUCUGAAGAAUCAAGCCGAGACUAUAGCUCUUGAAAAGGAACAAAAGUUACAAAAUGAUUUUGCAGAAAAGGAGAGAAAGCUGCACGAGACACAGAUGUCCACCACCUCAAAGCUGGAGGAAGCGGAACACAAAGUUCAGACCCUACAAACAGCCCUGGAAAAAACUCAAACAGAAUUAUUUGACCUGAAAACCAAAUACGAUGAAGAAAUUACUGCCAAGGCCGACGAAAUCGAAAUGAUCAUGACGGACCUUGAAAGAGCAAACCAGAGGGCAGAGGUGGCCCAGAGAGAGGCGGAGACCUUAAGGGAGCAGCUCUCAUCAGCUAACCACUCUCUCCAGCUGGCCUCGCAGAUCCAGAAGGCGCCGGACGUGGAGCAGGCCAUAGAGGUGCUGACCCGCUCCAGCCUGGAAGUUGAGUUGGCCGCCAAAGAGCGGGAGAUCGCCCAGCUGGUGGAGGACGUGCAGAGACUCCAGGCCAGCCUCACCAAGCUGCGGGAGAACUCAGCCAGCCAGAUCUCCCAGCUCGAGCAGCAGCUGAGUGCCAAGAACAGCACACUCAAACAACUGGAAGAAAAACUCAAAGGACAGGCUGACUAUGAAGAGGUAAAGAAAGAACUAAAUAUUCUGAAGUCCAUGGAGUUUGCACCGUCUGAAGGAGCUGGGACACAGGACGCGUCCAAGCCCCUGGAGGUUCUGCUGCUGGAGAAGAACCGCUCGCUGCAGUCCGAGAACGCCGCACUGCGCAUCUCCAACAGCGACCUGAGCGGGUCAGCCAGGAGAAAAGGGAAAGACCAGCCUGAGAGUCGGCGUCCUGGACCUUUGCCGGCGCCCCCUCCUCAGUUGCCCCGCAACACGGGGGAGCAGGCUUCCAAUACUAAUGGUACACACCAGUUCUCACCAGCGGGGUUAACUCAAGACUUUUUCAGCUCAUCCCUGGCAAGCCCCAGCCUACCCCUGGCUUCUACGGGAAAAUUUGCACUAAACUCUCUCCUCCAACGACAGCUAAUGCAGUCCUUCUACUCCAAGGCCAUGCAGGAAGCAGGAAGCACAAGCAUGAUUUUUUCAACAGGUCCAUACAGCACAAACUCCAUAUCAUCCCAAAGUCCAUUACAGCAAAGCCCAGAUGUAAAUGGCAUGGCCCCAUCUCCCAGCCAAUCAGAAAGUGCUGGGAGCGCCUCCGAGGGCGAGGAGAUAGACACUGCAGAAAUCGCCCGGCAGGUGAAAGAGCAGUUGAUCAAGCACAAUAUUGGACAGCGCAUUUUUGGACAUUAUGUCUUGGGACUGUCUCAAGGGUCCGUGAGCGAGAUCCUGGCCCGGCCCAAGCCGUGGAAUAAACUGACCGUUCGUGGCAAGGAGCCUUUUCACAAGAUGAAGCAGUUCCUCUCGGAUGAGCAGAACAUCUUGGCUCUUCGCAGCAUCCAAGGCAGACAGAGAGAGAAUCCAGGCCAGAGCCUGAACAGACUAUUUCAGGAAGUACCGAAACGAAGAAAUGGGUCUGAAGGUAACAUCACCACCCGGAUCCGAGCCUCAGAGACUGGGUCCGAUGAAGCAAUCAAGUCCAUCCUGGAACAAGCCAAAAGGGAGCUGCAGGUGCAGAAAACCGCGGAGCCGGCCCAGCCCUCCUCCACGUCCAGCAGUGCGAGCUCCGACGACGCCAUUCGUUCCAUCCUCCAGCAAGCCCGUCGAGAGAUGGAGGCCCAGCAAGCCGCCCUUGACCCCGCCUUAAAACAAACACCACUGUCACAGACUGACAUUGCCAUCCUGACCCCCAAGUUAAUAUCCACGUCGCCCAUGUCCUCGGUGUCCAGCUACUCUCCUCUAGCCAUUUCCUUGAAGAAGCCCCCCUCUGCCCCUGAUUCCAACACCUCAGCUCUACCCAACCCCCCAGCCCUCAAAAAGGAGUCCCAGGAUGUGCCUGGGCUGGACCUCCAGGGAGCGGCCGACUCUGCACAGGGCGUCCUUCGACACGUGAAGAACGAGCUGGGCCGCAGCGGCGGGUGGAAGGACCACUGGUGGAGCACGGUGCAGCCAGAGAGAAAGAGCAGCGCUCCCUCCGAGGAGACUAAGGUCGAAGAAGCCAGCAGCGGGAAAGAGAAAGGUGGCGGUGGUGGCGGCAGCAGUGGCAGUAGCCAGGCACGGGGGGAUCGCAGCCAGCUCCAAGGACCCUCCUCCUCCGAGUACUGGAAAGAAUGGCCCAGCGCAGAGUCACCGUACUCCCAGAGCUCGGAGCUGAGCCUUACCGGAGCCAGCCGCAGCGAGACACCCCAGAACAGCCCUCUGCCCUCCUCCCCGAUCGUGCCCCUUUCCAAGCCCGCCAAGCCCUCCGUCCCCCCACUGACGCCUGAGCAGUAUGAGAUCUACAUGUACCAGGAGGUGGACACCAUUGAGCUCACCCGGCAGGUGAAAGAGAAGCUAGCCAAGAAUGGCAUUUGUCAAAGGAUCUUUGGGGAGAAGGUGCUGGGCCUGUCCCAGGGCAGUGUCAGUGACAUGCUGUCUCGGCCGAAGCCAUGGAGCAAGCUGACACAGAAAGGCCGCGAACCCUUCAUCCGGAUGCAGCUCUGGCUGAAUGGCGAGCUGGGCCAGGGCGUCCUGCCGGUCCAAGGGCAGCAGCAGGGUCCAGUCCUCCAUUCGGUGACGUCACUACAGGACCCCCUGCAGCAGGGCUGUGUGAGCUCAGAAAGCACGCCAAAGACCUCUGCCAGCUGCAGCCCUGCGCCCGAAUCACCAAUGAGCUCCAGUGAAUCGGUGAAGAGUUUGACUGAACUGGUCCAGCAGCCCUGUCCAACCAUCGAAACAAGUAAGGAUGGCAAACCGCCAGAACCCAGCGAGCCGCCUGCUUCAGACUCCCAGCCCACCACCCCACUGCCUCUCUCCGGACACUCAGCCCUCAGCAUUCAAGAGCUGGUAGCCAUGUCUCCAGAGCUGGACACCUAUGGAAUAACCAAGAGGGUCAAGGAGGUGCUGACCGACAACAACCUUGGUCAGCGCUUAUUUGGGGAGACCAUUCUAGGGCUCACCCAAGGCUCCGUCUCUGACCUCCUCGCUCGCCCAAAGCCCUGGCACAAGCUCAGCCUGAAGGGACGGGAGCCCUUUGUUCGAAUGCAGCUGUGGCUGAAUGACCCCAACAAUGUGGAGAAGCUGAUGGACAUGAAACGGAUGGAAAAGAAAGCCUACAUGAAGCGGCGACACAGCUCCGUCAGCGACAGUCAGCCCUGCGAGCCCCCCUCUGUUGGCAUUGACUAUAGCCAAGGCGCAAGCCCUCAGCCCCAGCACCAGCUGAAGAAACCCCGUGUGGUGCUGGCUCCUGAAGAGAAGGAAGCUCUGAAACGAGCGUAUCAGCAAAAGCCAUACCCGUCACCAAAAACCAUCGAAGAACUUGCCACCCAGCUCAACUUGAAAACCAGCACUGUCAUCAACUGGUUCCACAAUUACAGGUCUCGGAUCCGCAGAGAACUGUUUAUUGAGGAGAUUCAGGCCGGGAGCCAGGGCCAGGCCGGGGCCAGCGACUCCCCGUCGGCCCGAAGCAGCCGGGCGGCGCCCAGCUCUGAGGGCGACAGCUGUGACGGCGUGGAGGCCGCCGAGGGCCCGGGCGCCGGGGACACUGAGGAGUCGGGUGGCCCUGCGGCCGCCACCAAGUCUCAGGGAGGGCCUGCGGAGGCCGUCGCGGCCCCGGAGGAGCGGGAGGAGGCGCCACGGCCCUCGGAGAAGGCGGAGGCGCCGCCCUCGGGGACCCCGGCCCCGGACGACGCAGACGAGGGCCGAGCCCGGGCCCCGCCGCCGCCCGAAGGCCCCGCGGACGGCCCGAGGCCUGUGCCAAAGCCCGCCGCCGCGCCCGCCGCCGGGGAGGACGCCGCUACCUCAGCCGCCCCGCCGGGGGAGGGCCCCUGCGGGGCCCGGGACGCCGACGGGAGUUCCGCGUUGCCAAGCACCAGCGCGCCGGCGGCCGCCCGCAGGCCCAGCUCGCUGCAGAGCCUCUUCGGCCUCCCGGAGGCGGCGGGCGCCAGGGACUCGCGAGACAACCCCUUGAGGAAGAAGAAGGCCGCGAACUUGAACAGCAUCAUCCACCGCCUGGAGAAGGCCGCCAGCCGGGAGGAGCCCAUCGAAUGGGAGUUCUGAGAGGCGCCGUCCGCCCACCCCCAGGGCCGAGCAGGGCCGGGCCGAGUGGAGCCGGGCCAGGUCCGGCCGAGCCCGCCGAGCAGGGCGGAGGGGCGGGCGCCGACUCCGCGGCCAGGACCGUGUUGCGCACUUACUGCCCUGCGGGCCACAGGGCAAAAUCGCCAUAGGCCAAGGUGCAUAUAGAAAACAAAGGAGCAUUAAGCCCAAUCUAUGUCGUGUUUUCAAGGAAGAAAACGGAAAUGUGUAGUCGAGCUUUUUUGUACCCUGAAGUGUUUUUUUUAUUGCCCUAAGUGAUUUCCACAGGUUCUGGAAUAACUCUUACAGCUUUGCCUUGCGCCCUCCUCUUUCGUGUGGGCUAUAAAAAAAAAAAAAAUCAAACCCACAUAUUAAAAGGGGGCUUUUUAUCUGCCAUCUAAUGGCUUCAGAGCGAUAAUACACUAUUAUCUUCUUAAACCAGGAAGGGGGGGGAUUUUUCAGAAAAAUUAAAAAAGAAAGUUUUUGUAGCUGUUCAGUUGCCACUAAGAGAUUGCACAGUCAAACCGACUCUAAACACACUAGUUUGGAUUCCUAAAUAUUUUCAAGUAAAGAAUCUUCUCGUUUGAAGCUUUGAAUUAAAAUAAAACACAUUUACUCCACAUAUUUUUUAACAAAAAGAAAAGUCACAUCAGGAAAAUAACCAAUUUUGUGGUAGCUGACGUAGUGUUUCUUGUACGUGAAUAGAACCUGACCUGUAGUGCACAUCAAUCCAUAGCUUUAACUGGCUCUGGGCUUUUGCUGACCAGGGUCUGUUUAAUACACUCCAUUCUAGGCCAAAUCAGGACAAAAAGAAAAGAUCCGAAUCUAGGUAUUUUAUAAUCUGCUUUUUAACCUCUAACCGCAGAGCACGCUGAUCAGACCUCAUAUCUCGGAGGUUUAGGAGACAAGUUAGAACUGUAGCAUGUACCUGUUCAUUUUGUUUAAUUUAUGGUGUCUACGUCUGUGUUAGUGUGUCUGCACAUGUGUGAGCAUUUAAAGAAAGGAGGAAAGAGUAGGCCACUGAGGUCACGGCAGACAGUUCUGGGGCCCGACGGGGCCCACUCCGCGCAGGCAGCAGUUCCCCUUGGCACAGAAGGCACCACACCUCACACCACUCUCCCAGGCGCCUGAUGGACUGAGCCCCACCAGGGGACGCCACUCCCCGGGCCCGGGCAGGGCUCCCGCGCACUCUCUCUUUCCCUUCCUUCCCACCACAAGCACUGAUGACUGUUGAAGUCGUGGGAAGCGUCCUUCCCUGAAGAAGAGAGAACGUGGCACUCUGGGCUCUGCUCCCACCCCCAUAGAGAUGGCCCACACUGACACCAAAACGUUGAUACUCUUUACUUCCAGACCAGACCAUUCGCUCUUCAUUCAUAUUGCCUCUCGGGACGUUCUUUUAUGCAGUCUUUUACUAAGUCUUUUAGGUCAGCCUAAGUACAAAUCAAGAGUCUAACUUGUCUCUGAUUCCUCCUGUUGUCUAUGUGUAUAUGCGUGAGAAUAGAGGUGGAUGCGAGUGUGCGUGUGUGCGUGUGUGCAAUUUUAUACGUCUGUGUAUUUUCUUAAGUACCUGUGCACACAUAGAGUGCAUUACUGCCACCUUUUUUCAAUAAGCUGUUCAGUUAUGGCUUCUACAAGUUUGCUAAUUUAGACUCCUUUAUUGCCAUAUCUUUAAACUAACAAUAGAUGAUUUCGGUAUAUAUAUAUUUUUUUUUGCUUAUUUAUAGGUGCUGUAUUUUAUUAUCUGAUUGUUAGGAAGGGAUGAAAGGGGCAAAUAUUCUUUAGAGGGAUAGACUGCCGGCAGUAUUGGGUAUAAUUUACAAGAUGUAGUUGUCAUACUGUAUAUUACUGAUUGAAAACUUUUUGACCGUAUUGUGUAUCAUUGAAACCUUUGUCUUAGGUCAACAUCUUUGGAUGACAUUUUAAUGGUGCAUUCAUUAUUUCUUAAGUUUAAUUAAUAUUAUCUUUUUUGAUUUGGGGGUGGGAGGGAGUUACGAGUUUCGAGGUAUGCUCCCGCUAUCACACCUCAGUGUGCUUGUAUCAAUUACCUUGUAGGACUUGGACUGUAAGAUGUGAAACCACAUUUCUUGCAUGACAUUUUAGAAAUUGUAUAUUUCAUUUACAGUCUUUUAACCUGCAACUGCAGCACUUAGUUCAAGUUUUCACAGAUUUAAGAGUCACUACACUAAAGACAAUGCCUUUUCAUGAAUGAGAAGUUUUCAGAAGGCUCUAGGAGGCUGUGAGGCAGGCCGUCUGUCUUUCGAUGGUUGGAUCAUCUCUGAACUUGAGGUCUGGUUCAGCGAGAAGAGAAUUCAAAAUGGAGGAGCUUAAGGGGAAACAGAUUCACAUCUGGCUCAGUGCAGGCGCAUUAAGAAGAGCGAGUUUGCGUUAGUGACCCUUAGGACAGCGAGGAGCAGAGCCCCUGACAGUACUGUGGUGUCCUCUCCACAAAAACCUCGAGGGAAUUUUGUCAUCGUGUGUGAUGAGUCACUAAAUAUCUGAUUUUCAUCAGAAUCAAAAGCAGGGAGUUAACAGGAAAUAUUAGGGUAGUGUUUUAGUUUUAAAGGCAUGACUGUUAUUUAUGGAGGUAUUAAAUGCAAGGAAAUUGGAAAAUUAUAAAUUUGUUCAUUCUAGUGGCCAAAUAGUAACAGUCUAAAACAGCCACUUUGGCUCUUCCAAGCAAUUUAGUCAUUUCUGUUGUGCUGGGAUUUUUUUUUAACUAGGUUAUUGUUGAUUUCCAUUCUGUCUCUUUUGCCAGACUUACAUCUGGAUGCUCGAUACAAUCAGUUGGUUAAAUUUUUGCUUGCAGUUCUGUAUUUGUAUUUUUUCUCUAUUUAUUUUUUUAUUGCCAUCCCAACCCUGUUCUCCUUUGUGUCUAAGCCAUCGCUGUCUGUCAUACUUGUUAGAGCUGCCACUAAGUAAGAGAAACCUGUCCGCGGGGGCAAGCGUCCCCCUCCUUGUUGCGCCCCUCAGUUUGAGUCUAAGGGUUGAGCUUUCAUCUUGAGAAGCAAUAUUCAAGUGCCUUGAACAGCGUCCUCUCCAUGGGGCUUUACCUUCGGCCGGCUGGCGUUCCAAGCAGUAGCUCCCACAAGCAGCAGCUCCCACAAGCAGCCAACCUCCUCCUCUUUACGCUCCAUCAGUUUAAAAAGCUGAUUUGUACCUCUCUCCUGGGGAAAACGGUUCCAUAUAAAACACUAACACUUAAUUACAAGCUCCAUUAUACCAUUUUAAAUGGCUGCUUUUUGUUAAUUGGAGGCAAUGUUCAUAACUUAAGGUUUUUGCCAUUACUUAGCUGGCUAAAUGGAGGCUCGGCAUAAAAUCAGUGUUCACAGUCGGCCUCUCGACCCUCGGUCCCUGCCCGCACUCUCCUGCGGUGUCUGCGGUGGGAGGUGUGGGUUCUGGCCCAGACCCACGCCCGCUCGUUCCCACCACCCAGCUCCCAAGUGACCAACUCGCUCGAACUGCCACGUCAGUCAGGAUGUCUGUGAUUUCUGUCCACCAGACUUUAGAAAAGAUGACCACAGCCAUUACUUCAACUCAGUUAUUCUCAGAGCUACCCUUCCUGAGGAACACCACAGUGCACAGUGGCUGAUGGUCAGCAGAUGGCCCUGAGACGCAGGCUUGGGAAGAGUCUCUGGGAAAUGCCAGGAUCUUGACCCGUACGAGUACUCUCAAACCCUGGCCAUUGUGUCUGGGAAAGUGACUGAGGCAACAAAUAACCGUGCGCGGCCCCCCUCUACUUCCUAAGCACAAACGCCUCCCUGCCCAGCUUCCUUCCUGUUGGCAUCUUCAUCCUCCCCAUGUGGAGACCAUCCUGUCUGAUGUGGACGUUUAGGUCUGCCGGCUGGUGGUCUGAUGGUCCAGACCCAGAGUGCUGUGGAUCUUCAGGUUAAAUGGCACUCGGCGCUCUCUCUGGCAUGAGGGACCCUCCCCUCCCUGGGGUCCAGCUGCCCCCUGGGCCAGGGCGCGUCAGCCGCACAGUACAUGAGCAGACCAGGCAGGAGGCAGGUCGUGCCAGCUGACUUCCCUAAGAUCCAGCGGCAGUCACGCCCUGGGCAGCCACAGCUGGGCCGGCUUUCUCAGUCCCUCCUAAAGUCAUGCCCUUUCACACAGGAGUAAUCAAUGAACUCAGCUGAUACUCUGGGCGUUGUUUUUCAUUCCCCUGCUUUUAAAGAAAUAAACCUCACUGAAAAUAGCAGAGGAGCCGGGGGGGUAGACGCACACCCUGGGGUCAGGUCACCGUGAAACAGCGAUCGUGACUUAGUGGACCUGGAGCUGGGGGGCAGCAGCCUCUGCCUUAAAUGUACCAUGACAGGUGCCUCUCAGCAGGCCCACAAAAACAAGGGUCUGCUCACAGCCAUUGCAGGCCCUGCUCUUGGAGGCCAGCGCGCCAGCUGUGCCAGCAGGGGUGUGGCAAGGCGAGGUUCUGGCGUGUGUGGUGGGCGUUAGCCAGGUCCCUUCAGGCUAGAGGUUUGGUUCCCUCCCUGGAUGUUCUCAGUUGUCACAAUCCUCAUAUGUCCCCGUCUACCUCACUAACCCAUGCUGCCGUUUGACAUCACUCCUCCCCCCACACCCGUCAGAACCAUGCGGCCAGUGGGCUUCGGGGAGAGAUAAAGCUAGAAGGGUGGCAUCCAUGACCUUGGCCUGAUGGGCAGGCAUCUUCUCUCUUCUGAGCAUGACACGGACAGACAGCUGUGGGCACGCGGAUUUUUCUCUUCCACCUGUUCUUGAAAAUCUAUCAGCUGUUUCCUUGGCAGAUGGGCAGCCUCAGGCCUCAGAGGGACUUGUGUUUGGCCUGCCUUUGUUUCUGCCCAUCCCUACUCAGCUGUUAGCUCCAUCACAGUCGCUUUCCUUGCCCUGGGCUGCCCCUAAAUGGCCACCUAAGGACACUUCGCCAGGGUUCCUACCUGGUAUCAGAAGCUCUGUCUUUAUUGUCUCUGGGAGGCUGUGACUUCAGCUCCACUGUGACACUCCUUUGGAAGCAUCUCAAAGGCAGGAGAGGAAAUGGCAUUCUGCAGCCCACUUGCCCAAUCUCCAGUCACGUGGCCCUUUCUUUCCCAAAGAGUAUGCCAAGUUCCACCCAGCGCUAACGAAAACCAGCUCUUAGGGCUGCUGCUGGUUGGAAUUGGGACCAUCCACUCUGGUGGCCGAAGUGUUCUGAUAGAAAGAAUUUGGAAAUGGGAGCCUGAGAUCUGUGCCAUCAUCGUGUGCUCUGUGCCAUCAUCGUGUGCUCGGGCGUCACCAGGAAAAGCUCACAGGCAGAAAUGCCCCCGGGGCUUCGGGGUCCCGCUCGGGCCUUGGGGGCAUUAAGGGAGCCUUCGAGGCCCACAAGGCAGAGCUCCUGCCCCGAAACUCUGACGUGACAGGUUCCACUUCCGCCGUGUUGGACAACAGGCUGACCGGCGCACUAAGAGUCAUCCGGGUUGACAGUCUGAUUUCCAUUUCCAUCCGGGUGAAUCCAGACAGCAGAGGAUAGGGUGCGGGGAGCAGCCCGCUGGACAAAACGGGCCCCACCCCAGAGCCUUCCUGCCCCAGCAGCCCAGCUGCCGAGAGCUCAUGCUUGGUCAGGGAAGAAGGAAAUGCAGCCCCCCCCCCCCCCCGCAUCGGUCCCAUCGGAACGGCUCCCACCCACCCAGGCCUGGCUUCUGCCCUUCCGCCACCCCCCCCCCAAAGAUACUGCGUCCACACUGGCAGUGACAUCACCUCCAUUCUCAUUUUUGGAUGAAGUGACAUUUAGCUUUAACAAGACAUUUCCAAAGCGCCUAGUGUCCUCCAAAAUGCUAACUUCAAAAGUUGGGCAUUGUAGGCAAAGAAUCCUAAAAAAAGGCUAGUGAGAGAAAGACAUUAGGCUGUGCGUAAAUGUGCACUUCCCCAAACCCCGUUAUUAAACUUAAAAUGCCUUUGAGUUGCUUUUCGUGAUCAUUUUAAUUUAUCCAACACUGUUAAGAAGUGUAGUCUGUGUUACUGUAACUUUUGUAGCAUUUAGGCUUUAAUUUCUUACCACAAAAUAUGCUGUUUGCUAUGUAUCAAGCUUUCUGUGAGCAGAAAGGAAAGGUGCCUUAUAUCCCAAUGUCACGGCCACGUCCCUGUGGAAAACAGUCAGAAGCACAGUGUGCGCGGAAGUACGGGGACUUCCGUCGGCGAACUCAGACUCCUGUCAGCAAGACAGACGGGAGUGGCGCGGGGCCGCUUUUGUUUCAGAGUUCUCUUUCCCCCCUUUUCCAUUUUCCUUUUGUCUUCUUUUGUAGUUUGCUUUAAACAGAAAGCACUUAAAUAGAUGACUAUGUGUAAAAGCUCUGUGCAAUAGAAAUCAUUUUUCUUCAUUUUUAAGAGAUAAUGUAUUGCACACCAAAUGAACUCAAAGUAAGCUUUAGACCAGGACGAUUCAGGUUGUGGAUGAGUACGUUCACUGUAGUUCCAUGUGUUCAUGAACGGAAGGGAAAACAGGCCCCCCGCCCGCCCGCCGGUAUGCCUCUGGCUCUGACCGCUGAGCUCGGCCCGCAGCGUGCGUGGCCAGAACCGCGGGGGGGCGGGCGCGGGCCUGUGUGCUCCGCGGCUGAGAGCCUCUGCAGUGUGAGACCACAGCCAGCCCUUCCAGCACUUAACCUUUUCUUGUUGAGAUGGAUUGACUGCUACUGACCUGCCAGUGUGCAUGAGGAUAAUUAUAAAAGGAUAUUUCCUUGAGAAAAAAAAUUAUUUCUAUCCUCUUCUAUUUAUUAUUAGGUUAAUCAUUUAAGUACUUAUCAGGAGUAUAUUGUCGUUUUGUGUUGUUUUGUUGUUGUUGUUAUAAAUGCUUUUUGCUAUCACUCCAGUGGUUACUGUCUUCUGCCUCCUGCCCUCCCCAUCCCACCCCCCCAAAAAAGAACCGAAGGGCCUGGGGAUUUGACUGGGGGCACAGGGGGCUUCUCCAGCAGAAUCAGGCAUCUGCCUCCAGAGUAGCCGCUCAAAAGCUGGUGGUAUCCUCGCGUCUGACUUUUUAAACGAGAGUCGAUGAACAAAAAUCUACCGGUGUGAGGAAACGCCGAGUUGGAGAACACUCGUGGGAGAAGCUGCAGAGGAGACUCCAGAAAACGCAGUUCCCCCAAAGCCUCCUAGAGCCUCUGUAAGACUUCUGGGUUCAUGAAGUUUCCGUGAGCCACGGGCAGAGAGGGCGCAGCAGCCUGGCCCAGGCUGUGACCGCCGAGAGAGAGAGUGGUUUCUUGCCAGGCUCACGUGGGUUGGCGUGUUUUAGUUGGCUGUUGUUGUUGUUGUUGUUGUUGUCGUUUUUCUUGCAUACUAAUUUGGUCAAAACCAUCUUUUAAAGCAACGGUGUUUCUUCAUUCGGCUGUGGCUUGAGGACCCACACCAAGGAGUCGAGGGGGGGGCCUCUCCUCCCCUUGAGGUGGCUAAAUGCGAGGGAGGUGAGAUGUGGACAAAGCUUUCUGAGGCAAGCAGCAUAGCCAGCAAGACACCCAGCUGCUGUGCUGGGCCGUGCAGGUGACGUGGGGUUGGUCUGGGGCCUGUGGACUCACCCUCGUGGGCACCAGAGAAGGAAGCCCCCCAGGCCGAGGCAGGGGCCCUUCCUGCCCCAGGCGGAGCCCGGCCCCUGCCUCUGCCUCCUCCCCGGUGGGGCCCGCCGACUCCCGGCUCACUUUCCAUGCCAUGACUUUUCCCCUUCUCUGAAAACCAUUGGAGGCCCUGGGUUUGUUCUCAUCUUUCUGAAAGAAUGCCCUCCAGUGAAAUAACUGCCCUUGUCCCCCCCAAAAGGGUUUGCAUUUCUCUCUAAUUAGUCUAUGCAUUUCUCUCUCUCUCUCUCGAGCCGUUUUCUGCCUCUUUCCUUGAGAAAACGGGCAUCUCAUGUCCCACCAUCUGAGACCCCCUCAGAAAAUGCUGUGCAUUUUGGAGAUGUGAGGAUUCGUUCAAAAUUCGUAAAGCACUUGAGGAUAGCUUGUUGUAACAGUGGGAAAAGAAGCGGCGGUUUUCCCGCGCCCCUGUCCACUGAGGAAGACCCAGCUCUUUGCGAUUGUGCAAUAACUACUUGCCUGCGAGCGGGCAGCCACGCCCCCGUCCAGACUACUAAACACAGCACAAGCCCAGCGCUCUCGGAGCAGCGGACUUCUUCCGGAGAAUUCUCAAUAAGCUCAGCUCCCCCUGGCGUAUCGUGGUGUCUUACAUUUUAGCAGUAUUUUAUAUUUUCUGUAACGCACUAAGUCUUAGAUGUUUUUAGAGCUCGUUUGUUAAUACUCACAAUCACAGACUUUUUAAAAAAUCCUCAGAGCCCCAAUUGACCAAAAAAAAAAAAAAGCUUUUUUUUUUGUACAAAUAGCUUUGAGAAGCCUCUGCUGUGACCCAUCUCUAGUAACACUUUUAUUUCUUGCUAUUUGUUUUCAACAUCAAGAGUCAGAAGCCGAUCCGGCUGGCAUGGGGGUGGGGGCGGCGCCGCUCCGCCCCUCGGCGUUGUCCCUUCUGUCCUUGGUUAGCCAUACGAUGUCCGUUCUCAGCACUGUACAACGGUCCCUAUAUGAUAUGGAGAAGCAAUAUCACUGUAUGAAACUCACACCAUGUAUUAUUAUUAUUCACUAGCACCCUAGGUGUGAUAAUUGAAGUAAAUAUCUUUUAUA